GUAGAAUUCGACUGCAAUAUGUGUCAUAUUGUUACAUAAAAGUCCUUAACAGCGGAGGCUGAUGGGCACUUUGAUAAGCAUUGGAGACAAAAUUGAGCCUAAAGACCAAUCAUAUUUUUUCAAAGAACAGUCAGUCCGUCCACUGGAUCACCAGACCCAAACGAUGCACCUCCCUUUCAAGAUCAGUUAUUGUGCUCGUGCAGUAAUUUAAAAUGAAUUUUUUCUGUCCUAGGUCGAUACUACUAACGAGGCUAAAGAAGGAGCAGAUUUCGGUUUAAACGGAAAAAGACAUACUACUGACAUACUUUUCCUUUUGGUUCACGGUUCUAUUCUUUUGUUUUUGAUUCCGCUGCUGUUAUAUUGUGUCUAUCACGGGGACGUCUAUCGGAUCAUUAAUGGCUAUGACAGCUGUUUAAAUGUUUGUGGAAAAGACAAUGUGUACCCGAACGGAACCGAGACGACCUGCGAUGGAAAAAAUAUGUCUUCUCGCCCGUACAUUUUGGUAUUCCGCCCCGAUGGAAAACACUCGUUCCGAUCUCUGGAGCAAAGUGGAGACAACGCGGGAGCAGUACCUUCAGUUUUGAAUACUACAAUACAACGGGCGUGCCUGAAGAACUGCAGUAUAUACCCACAUUUCCGACCGUUAGUGGGAAGAUGCGUAUUGGAGAGGGGAAAGUUUUCAACCGAAACGUUUCUAGGUAAAACUGGAUUAAAUGACUUUUUUGGGGAAGUGAGUGAAGAUUUUGAAAGAUGCUGGCCCGAGAUUCUGUAUCUGUGCAUAAUAUCUUUAGCUUUUUCAAUCGUUAUCAUGGUCCUAUUCCGUUUACUCGUAGGAGUUGUUAUAUGGAUUGUUUUGGUUGGGAUUGCCUUAGCCAGCACGUUGGGAACUGCGUAUCUUUGGAUUCUUUGGCACCAAUCUAGAGCUAGCUCAAGUACCGAAGAAGCAAUAGUGGGGUCCAUAAAGGUACAAAAGACCGAUACUUACCUGACGUUGGCGAUAAUAGCUUCCAUCCUGACCCUUUGCUUAUUAUUAAUAAUCUUAGUACUGAGAAAACGCCUUAAACUAGUUAUACAGUUAUUCAAAGAAGCAGGAAAAGCCAUCGGUUCAAUGCCACUUUUGCUGGUGCAACCUUUAUGGACAUUCGCAUGUAUUGCCGCUACAAUAUCGUGCUGGUUAUAUUUUACUUUGUGGAUCGAAAGUGCAGGUCACAAGAAGAAGGUUCGAGAUGAUUUUUACAUCUUUGAAAAAGAUACUACAAUCGUUUUCACCCGGUGGUACAAUAUCUUUGUGACAUUAUGGUUGAUCCAGUUCAUUAUUGGAUGCCAACAUAUGGUUAUUGCUGGCGCCGUGUCUUCAUGGUAUUUUACAAGAGCGAAGACUCGUCUGAAUUCUCCAAUCCUAUUUGGACUGUACAAUCUGCUGCGCUACCAUUUGGGCUCGGUCUCCUUCGGCUCGUUCAUAAUCGCCGUCGUCCAACUGGCGCGCGUCAUCCUAAUGACACUGAAUACCUACGUGCGCGCGCAUGAGGGCCGAUGCGUCAGUUGUAUAACAAGCUGCUGUCAGUGUUGCCUUUAUUGCCUCGAAAACAUUUUGAAGUUCAUAACUCGCAACGCAUACAUCGAAAUAACAAUUCACGGAUAUAACUUUUGUAGAGCUGGAAGACGGGCCUUCGAGGUUUUAGCGUCGAACGCUUUAAGGGUUGCAACAAUUAACUCUGUGGGAGACUUUGUUCUGUUCCUUGGAAAGGUGUUGAUCGUCGUUUCGGUGGUCCUCAUAGGCAUCGAAUUGAUUCAAAAGAAAGAAGGUAUACUUCAUGCGUGGGUACCGCUAACACUCUCAGGAUUAUUUGCCUACUUUAUUUCACAUUGUUUUCUCUCUGUGUACGAGAUGGCGAUCGAUACAAUUUUUAUUUGCUUCUGUGAAGAUUGUGACGCGAACGAUGGACUUUCUAGGCCAUACUAUAUGUCCAAGGAUCUUAUGGAGUUUGUUGAGAGCUCAAACGAAUCAGUAUUAAAGUCGAAACCGGAAGCUUGGUCUACUAAAGCUUCUGCAGUAUCCUAAAUUCUACCGCCAUUGUGAUAGUUGUAGCAUGAAAUGGGACCAAUCACAAUUUUUAAUAAAAAUUUUGUA